AUGCAUUCAAACACACUAAGCCUUCUCCUGGCUGCCAUUGCUGGCUUGACAGUCUCCGAGGCCUCAAUUCUUCCGCGUCACGGCCCUGCUGGACCUGCUGGGCAUCCCGCUCCUGGCUUCCCUGGUCGUUACCCUCCUCCUGGCCCUCCUCGUCCUCACGGCCCUCGAGACCCUCCAUAUCCCCCUCCUGGACCUCCUUCUCCCUCUCCUCCCGUUACACCUGUCGGUGUGCCUACAGUUCAGCUGGCCAAUGGUACCUAUAAGGGUAAGCACAGCGAGGAAUUUGACCAUGAUCUCUUCCUUGGUAUGCCCUAUGCCCAGCCUCCUGUAGGCUCACUUCGAUUCUCCUCGCCCAAGGCCCUCAAUGAGGCUUGGAAGGAGCCUCGUAAUGCCACUGAGUUUGGUUGGAUGUGUAUCGGCUAUGGAUCCGAUACCCAAAGCCUCGGCAACCCUGUCAACGAGGACUGCUUGACCAUCAACAUCGUUCGUCCUUCUGGCGUCAAGUCUGGCGAUGAGCUUCCUGUCGGUCUUUGGGUUCACGGUGGUAGCUACACCAACGGUGGUUCAAGAGACCCCAGGUACAACCUCAGCUGGAUCGUUGACCAGUCUGUCAAGGAGGGCAAGCCCAUCAUCGCUGCCUCCAUCAACUACCGAGUCUCCCAAUGGGGAUUCCUCUUCAGCGAAGAGAUGCAGAAGGAGGGCGCUGGUAACCUCGCUUUCAAGGAUCAGCGUAUGGCCUUGAAGUGGCUUCACGACAACGUCGCUGCCUUCGGUGGUAGUGCCGACAAGGUCACCGUCUGGGGAGAGUCCGCCGGUGCUCGAUCUCUGGGCAUGCAACUCGUGGCUUACGAUGGCCAGCACGAUGAUCUUUUCCGCGCUGCCAUCCUUGAGUCUGGUAGCCCUGUUGCCCUGUUCGGUGAUGCUUCUUCUUGGCAGGGAUACUAUGACGCUCUUGUCAAGAAGACUGGAUGCGACUCUGCCUCCAGCAGCCUGGAGUGCCUUCGUGAGCUUCCUUGGGAGACUCUCAACAAUGUCUUCAACAGCACCACUGCCCUCAGCGUUGCCACUCCUCCUCUGACUGCCGUCAUCGAUGGCGACUUCAUGACCGCCCAGGCCUCUCAGCUUCUCCUGGCCGGCAAGUUCGCUCAUGUUCCUCUUCUUAUGGGUAACAACUUCGACGAGGGAACUGCCUACGGCAAGAAGGGUAUCAACACCACUGAGCAGUUCGAGUCUUGGCUAUCCAGCCUCGGCCUCAACAAGGCUCAGAUCGCCAUUGCUACUACACUUUACCCCGACAUCCCUGAGGAGGGUAUCCCCGCCUCUUUCAUCGGCCGACCUCAGAACGAAUAUGGUCUUCAGUGGAAGCGAUCUGCUGCUUUCGCUGGUGACUUCCAGCAGCACGCUGGACGCCGACUCUUGGCCCAGGUCUACUCUGCCUCUGCCAUCCCUGUCUUCUCUUACCUCUGGAACAAUUAUGUCAACGGCAUCCCCGCCAUCAUUGGAUCUACUCACUUCCAGGAGGUUGCCUUCGUCUUCAACAAUAUCAAGGGCGUUGGCUACGCCGCCAACCCGUUCGAGAACAAGCCCGAGACCUUUGUCGAGCUCGCUGACCUCAUGAGCAAGAUGUGGGUUGCUUUCAUGCACGACUUGACCCCCAACAGUGUCAAGACUGCACCCAGCCACGUUGCCUGGCCAGAGUACUCUCUUCUUGAACCCCUAAACAUUGUCUUCAAUGCCAACAAGACAGACUUGUCUUACACUGCUGUCGACACAGUCCGAAAGGAAGAGGUUGCAUUCCUUCUUGAUAGCGUUUUUGCGUAG